AUGAGGAUAAGGCAACCAAAGUAUGACCAAGAUAGACAAGAGCUACAAAGGUUUCCGCCCUUUCAAACCUCCCAAACUGUUGCAUGGCUCAAAGAAGAUGCCUUCACAAGGAAAUCUGAAGCUGAAAGAUGGACUCAAGAGGGACUGAGCUGUAUUGAUGUAAAAAAGUCAAAGGACUGUUUCAAAACUAUUCUAGAUGUCACACGGAAACCAAAAGAAAGUGUUGCUGUGGAUGAUAAGUUUGUUGAUGAUUGGGAAGAUGAUUCAAGUUUUCAAGAUUUAAUCUUGGUGGACGGAUCUACAACUCGUGGGGCUAUUGAUGACGACAGCCCUGGUAGUCAUGCUGAGGUAUAUCGGGCCAUGGUUGAAGUCAGCAACAGAUCAGUUGGCUUUCUUAAGUCACCACACCUUGACUCUGCAGGUGAUCCAAACACUGACCUCGGUGCUGCUGCGAAGGGACGUGGCACAGUGUUUCCUGAGCAUAAACAACAAUCACAAGAUAGUCAUACAGAUAUUUUGGUAAAUACUUUAGAAUUUGGCCAAAAAUAUCCUGAUGAAAAUAAGCCUCAGAUCACAGACAGAUGCAGUAACUUUAAUAGAGCAUCAUAUUCUACUACAGGUCAUCAGAUGGAGCUGUUGGAGUCUCCAAAGCAAACAGAAGACAAAAAAUGUGUGGAUUCUGUGGAAAGUUCCUGGCUGAUGGUCAAUACAUCGCUAAAGGGUGUUGGUAAUUGUGUGGAAAGUUGUAAUUCUUGUUCAGGAAUAUCAUCUGCUGUUCAGUCUGAUGUAUCAGCACCAGGGCUGUUGCAGGUGGCAGUAGCUGAAAAUGCAUCAAAGAAAGCUGGGAAUUCCCUGAAGGAGUUUGGAGCAGCUGACGAUGUUAAAGAAGCGGCCAGUAAGUUUUCUGCUGCAGCCAGUAUCUGUGUGUUGUCAGUUUCUGAGACAGCUGGUUCUGUUGGUGAUGUCAAAGAUCCAAUGGAGAUGUCCACAUUCUCUGUUGGCUUUACAACUGCCGGAGGUUCCAAGGUUUCUGUUUCUGACAAGGCUUUACGACACGCUAGAAGUUUUCUUGGUGAAGCCGGUGAUGUUGAGGAUGUCAAAGAUGGGAUGCCUGCAUUUUCUGGUGGCUUUACAACAGCCAGAGGUUCCAAGGUUUCUGUUUCUGACAAAGCUUUACAACACGCUAGAAGUUUUCUUGGUGAAGCUGGUGAUGUUGAGGAUGUCAAAGAUGUGAUGCCUGCAUUUUCUGGUGGCUUUACAACAGCGAGAGGUUCCAACGUUUCUGUUUCUGACAAAGCUUUACAACACGCUAGAAGUUUUCUUGGUGAAGCCGGUGAUGUUGAGGAUGUCAAAGAUGUGAUGCCUGCAUUUUCUGGUGGCUUUACAACAGCCUGGGGGCACCAAGAGUUUCAUGCACGUCUACGCCUUUCGAGGAUGAUAGGAAACAAUAUUCAAGCCUCUGAUAGGAACAAUUUAGAAUUUGAUCGUCGCAAAACCAGGGGAAAGUCAUUGAGUGCUGUUCUCUCCAUGCCCUUGAAGUCUGUAUCAGGCAUGACUGUAUCUCCAGCUGUAUUAGGAAACAAAUUCCAGCCACCUUACAAGAAAGCCAAGGUGCACGAUGAUGAUUCCAGCUACAACAGCAUGGCCACCAGCAGUAGUGGCACCAUCACCUGUAGCGACAGCUAUAGUAGUACUGCUGCAUCAGCAACCUCAUUUACGUCAUCAUCAUCAGCAGCAGCACCCAGCAAGUUUAGCAUGGGGAUGUGCCACAAGAGCAACUCAGCAGAACCCACAGCACUAUUAGAAACUCCCAACGAACAACUCCUUGGUCCGAGUAACAACUCAGGAAGAAGACUCUGUUCCUUUAGAGAAGACUCAAACUGGAGUAAAGCAUUUCAAGGUGCAGCAGCAGAUCUUUCUAACCCGUCAGCUUCGACUUCAUCUCUUAAGAAGGCCUCGGGAGUUGCCUUAGGCAGCCAGUGCUCUUCCACUAGUCAUCAGCCUAAACUUAUCAGUGAUAGUGCUUCACAUGGGCGCACUAGUCACCCCAGCUAUCCUACUCUUGAUUUAAUGCUGGAAGAAUCCAGGAUGAAACAAGAUGCAGUCAUCAGAAAGAAACAAAAAGGAACCAUUCGCCCGGUUUGUGGCCGGUGGUUGGAGUUUAAGAAGAGAAAGGAAGCUCUGAAGACAUUGAAAUCUUUAGGAUUGGUCCCAGAGACUGGUUUGGCUAGAGAAGAGCUUCUCAGUCAAGGAGUGUCAGACUCUUGCCUGCAGGUCAACAGUCUCAAUGCGGGGAGCUUCAGGUUUGACCUGCGCCGGUUCUAUCCUUGCCUGGAUGCUUGUAUCCUGGUGGGAGAUGGUGCUCUUCUAAUACCUGACAAACAUGGGUUUUGUGGGGCGCAGGAGUUUUACAGGGCAUUAUUGACACUGGAUGGAGUAGACCCCAGGUUAGUGGAUGAGACCUGGGUUCAGAACCAUUACCGAUGGAUUGUAUGGAAACUGGCAGCCUAUGAAGUCUGCUUCCCUGGCAGUUUUGCUGGCAGGAGCCUGAUACCGGAGAUGGUCAUGUUGCAGCUGAAGUACAGAUAUGAUCGGGAGAUUGACCUCUGUCACAGAUCUGCAAUUAAGAAGAUAGUAGAGAGGGACGACACUCCAUGCAAACGACUCAUCUUGUGUGUUGCCUCGGUGAAACAAACGCUGCAUGGCCAGUUUUCAGUUGAGCUGACAGACGGGUGGUACUCGAUCCCAGCACAACUGGAUGACUGUCUAACACAGCUUGUAGCCAGGAAAAGAAUCCGGCCAGGAGAUAAGAUCGUCAGCACUGGGGCAGAGCUGGGUGGGUGCGCAGAUGGAUGUUCACCUCUGGAGCUCAAGGAAGGGACAGCACUGAAACUGAAUGGUAACGCCACACGACCGGCUCCCUGGUAUAGCAGACUCGGGUACUGUUUCCCGCCCUCAGCCUUGUGUGUCCCACUGAGUUCACUGAGCCUCUCUGGAGGGCUGGCUUCUUGCGUGGAUGUAGUCUUCUGCAGGAAGUAUCCAGUUUUGUACAUGGAGAAGCUUCAGGAUGGUUCCUCUGUCUUCCGCACUGCAGAAGAGGAGGACAAAGCCAGGCAGAAACAUGAGGACUGGUUGCAGAUGGAGGGUGAAAAAAUCUACAUGUCACUGCAGAAGGAAUUGGAGAAUGAUACAAGAGCCGGCAGGCCAGGGCGGGGCAGGACAGGCCAGAAAGACAUCAAGAGUUUGUGGUCUGGACAAGAUGUGGCUGCAGCUCUUGAGGAUGCCUUGAACCCUGAGGAGCUGCAGCAAUCACUCAGCUGCAGUCAGAUGGAAAGGCUGAUGACAUACCGACAGGCUGAGGUUGAGCGGAGGCAGCAGGAAAUCAACAGAAAACUGCAGGAAGUCAUGACAGAAGCAUGCAAGCCUCGACAUGUGACCUCAGUUGUCAAGUUUAAAGUCCGUGGUUGUUGUCGCCGUGAUGUGGAUAGUAGAAGCAGUUGCCAUCUGGUGGUGUGGAGGCCAGGUUCUGAGUGGAUGGAGGUGGAAGAAGGAAAGAGAUACAAACUAUUCAAUGUUUCUGUGACACCUGGGAGAGGUAGAUCAGAGCAGGGGAAGGUGGUGUUAACUGCCACCAGACAAACCCGCAUUCAAGCAUGUCCCAUCAGCGACAAUCUGCUGGAUAUUGUGUACAACCGAAGAGAUGCCUGGACCGUCCGUGAGUUGCUGUCUGGUCAGCCGUUUGAAGAUGAGUUUGAUUUUAUUGGUGUGGUCAUCCAGGUGGUUGCCCCAGCCAAGUCAACAGGUCCCACGUGUGUGUUUGCAGCCGACAAGAAUAGGGAGAUUCUGUGUAUCAGAUUCUGGACAACUUCUCUGAUGACUACCCUGCAACCAGGACAGUGUUUUGUGGCCUCCAGUCUGAACCUGGCUAGGGGUCUUCAGAACUCUGGGAGUAGGCCGGGUCUGGUAUCGGCAGACGCCAGGUCAGAUGUGACCAGUGUCUCCACGUCUGCUCGAUGUGCCAGGAAGUACUCAGAUCUGUUUGCUCAAGUAACCAGCAUCAGUAAGACAAAAGGAUUCUUGUCGGAUCUCCAAAGAAAACUGCAAGUCCAUGGUUAUUCCACUGACAGUGGACAUAAUGGUCAUUUGAUGUCCAGACACCAAGAUUACCACGAGGAUUUCCCUCCGGAAAUUGUUGAUAAAAUCUUCGCUCCCAUGAGCCAGGAGACACUGGCGACUGGCAGACAGGCGACCCUAGUAGAUAUGUGGAAGCAGCAACCUUCUGCCAAUCAACAAAAUUUAGCCACCUGUGGUGGUUUACUUCAGCCAAGCUACGAGUCUGGCAAGGGUCUUCAGUCCAGCGAUCGUGGUGCUGUGUGCUCAUCAGCUAUAGUCACAGCUAGUACAGCUGUGACUAACUCUAUUCUAAACACCAAACAGACCAUCUGUGAUGAACAGCCUGUACUCAACAGAGGUGGAGAUAUAUCUAGUGAAUCAGUUCAAGGAGAUAUUCGGUGGGAAAAGAAUCCAUCAUUGAAGAGAAAGCAUGAAGAUGAAGCGUUGGACACCAUGAGUAAACGCAAGUCUAUUUUGAGAACCAAAAUGUCCAAGCUCCUUGCUUAUGAACGCCCUUCCAAGCUGGCCCCACUUCCUUGUGGUAACUCCCCGGCCAGUAAGAAAGAGUACAAAUCUCCGAUAGCCAAGAAACUCUGA